UGAAGAUGAUGUUUCCAGAACGUGUGGACAAUCAAUCACUCUCGAACUUUCUUCACUCUUCACUAACUUCUUCUAUUUAUAUUUUCUCUCCUAAACAACCAUCAGUUAUCUUCAUCCAAACAUAAAAGUCACUUUCCUUUGCUAGAUUCUCGCUAGUACAAACAUAAACAUAGAAUCAAAGUUUGCAUUGUUGUGAGAAGAUGAGCAGAGUUGGUGCUGAUGUUUUGAACGUGGACUUGGCUGCUGCAGUGAACAACCUCUUCAAUCUUCCUGAAACCAUGCAGAAGUUCAUUUUUCCUUCUUCUCGUGCUCCUGAUCAACAUGAGACCAGAGGGAUUUCUAGCAUCAUUCCAGUGGACAUUUUGGACACUUCCAAGGAGUAUAUAUUCUUCAUGGAUGUUCCUGGUCUCUCCAAGUCUGAAAUUCAGGUGAUCGUUGAAGAUGAGAACACACUUGUUAUACGAAGCAAUGGGAAAAGGAAGCGUCAAGAUGGAGAGGAUGAAGAGUGCAAGUAUCUUAGGUUGGAGAGGAGAGGUCCUCAGAAUUUGCUGAGGAAGUUCCGUUUGCCUGAGAAUGCUAAUGUGUCAGCCAUUACAGCUAAAUGUGAAAAUGGGGUUCUGGCUGUGGUUGUUGAGAAGCACCCUCCUCCACCAAAAUCAAAAACUGUUGAAGUUGCCAUUGCUUGAGAGAUCAAACUAGGGACCCCAUGAUUUUGAGUUUGCUUUUGUUGUUUGGUUAGUAGCUUAAGAAUAGGUGGGAAUGUAAAGUGCUUAUAGUGUGUAUGUGCUCUUGAAUCCUGUAUUGAAAUUUGUUAAAUGAUUGUUCACUUCAAACCCCUUAUCGAUACUAA